CUUCUUUUGGAUCUAACUGUGCCAUGACUGGGGGAGUGCAGGGGAGAGUUAGAUGGUGGCCACCCUCCCCCACUCCAUCUGUAGAGGCCUAGACAACCUUCUAGUAUUUAAACCUGCCUUUUAGAAGGUGCAGAGUACCUAUAUCAAGAGUGGCAAGUAGGAGUUUUCUUGUCCUUCCCAUUGUAACAAAGUCCACUGCGUGGGCGAGGCUUCGUGUCACUCUGGAUAGCUGCAUCUCAGUGCAGCCGCCUUUUGUCCCCCCCCCCCCCCCUUCCUGUUCCUGGAGUGAAGACGGUGACCUUUGCAGUAGAGGGGAAAGGGGUCCCUCUCUGGGUAGCAGCCCAUGUGAGUUGGUGAGCCUUACGCCCCCUGCUACACAGAGACCCUGUGGGACUCUCUUGGCUUGAGGGGGGUUGGUGCUUGGUUCGUGCACUACCAGGGUCCUGCCCCUGCAAGGGUACCUUCCAGGGAACACUUCUUAGUUGGAAGUGAUUGUCUGGCUGUAGCUCCAAGUCCUGCUUAGCUGAUUUAUGAAAGGCCAAAUUAGUAUAAGAAAGGUAGUUUAGAGGUGUUAACCUCAUACAGCAUGAAAAGUAGAUGGUGACCUGAAGAGAUCUUCUAUAGUAAGUACAGGCAGUAAAUGUAAAAUUUUAUGAAGGCAGAAGAGGAGAGAAAGAAAGAUAUACUGCUAUCUACUAUAUUCCAAUCACAUUCAUCAUUGCUUCUAAUAUUUUCUCACCAAGUAGAACUUGUAUAGAGCCCAAUGCAUUCACAACUCAUUUGAAUUUCAUAUUUUCUUGUAUAAUGUAUUCUUGAUUGUUUUACUACAAAGUGUUGCGAAUUGUCAUCGAAUGAAAUUGGUGCUCUUGAAAGAUGUAGCAUGUUUAUCCUGUGUCGCGAUGUCCCCCCCCCCCCCCCCCCCAGUGGCACAGCUGCCUCGUGCUCCAGUCCAUGAUCUAGUCUAAGAGGCACAAGCACGUUCAUCCGCACAGCAACCUCGUGAAAAAGACACUGUCAUUUUACAGGUGAGAAAAUUAGGGUUCAAAAAGGGAACGAACUUAAUCUCACUGGUACUGAAUGGCAGUGUUAAAUUUCUCCCCUAAACUCUUUCCUGAUGUGGAUUUUGUGAUUCUGUGAAACAGAAAAACUGGCACUAGAAACAGAGUGCAUAUCUAAAAGUUAAGAAAGUUUUUGGUUCUGGUCCUAGCUAAUUUAUUGACUUUCAAAGAAAUCCUUUUAAAGGUCCCUAAUAGAAGUCUCGUCUUGCAUUUCCACAUAUGCGGGUUGAGUUUAAUUUCAACCUGAAUGUUGGAAAAAGGGACAUACAGAUUUUUAAAAAUCAGACACUUGGCAUGCUUGAAGACUAGUUCUGAAUAAAAACAGUUAUUAAUGGGAUAAUACCCUGGAGAACUCUCCUCAGUUGUAGUGCACUCUGCUGUGUAUCGGGACAUACUUGACUUUUAAACACAAAAUCUUUGCCACCAAUUAUUAGUUUCCUCACUACAUUGAAAACAAGCCAUUUUAAUUUGCUGCCUUAUUCAAGCCCCCCCCCCCCCCAUGCCUACCACCUCCAUGAAGGUAUAACUUGGCCACAAUGUGUAAUAACAGCCAAGAUCUCAGAUUUUGGUGUCAGCAAAAUCCGGUUUUAAAGUCUGACUCCAAAUUAUUAGUGUAAAUUAGUGUAAAGUGCUUUAGCCCUCUGUGCCUCAGUUUCCUUUUUCUCCUCCCCCCCCACCCAAAGAGGAUAGUAAUACCUACUUCAUGGGAUUUUUUUUUAUAAAUCUUCUGCUGAGUUGUCUAUGGUGAUUACAGUGGAAUGUCAUAUUGUAAUGCCUCAAAAGCUUGGGGCUGAUGUUUGCCUUGUAAAUUCACUUUAAAUUGAAUAGAUACAUUCUUCAGCAAAGAGAAUAAGUGUAUAUAUUCAUAUACAUUUGGUAAAAUUUACUUAAAUACUAAUUAAUUUCAUAAUUUAUAUGACCAAUUUUUUUGAUGAUUGAUACUGUAAAUAACAAACCAUCUUCUACUUUAGAUUGAUUUUGGUGGAGGAAGGACACCGCACAACGGGCGGCAUUUGGCUAAUCUAUUCUGUGAAUUUGAUAGUAUGAAGAGAUUUAUAGAUAGUGAAUUUCCAUACUCUUGAAAAUAAUUUUACAGCUCUUGCACUGCUUCUGGAUUUAUAUUGUUGCCUUGUUUUAAAGCAGGACUUUCCCCAGACAGCGUAUGUUAAUAUUUGGAAAAUUCCCUAUCAGUGGGCUAGCACCAUCGUGACAGCCCUAUGUUCUGCUUCUACCUUGCUAAUUGUUUCCUUGGGAUUAUUUGGAUUGUGUAGAAAGCUUUUUGCAAAUCCUCUUAUUACUGAAGUCAUUGUUGCCAGCAGGAAUAAGAUUAAAGGUGCUUAAGUCUGUAGAGUUGUUUCUAAUUUGUACGUGUCAUUUCAGUGCCAUUUUAACAGAACUCUGUCUCUUGUCUCUCCCUUCUCCCCCGGUACUAUCUCAAGUUAGGUCCGAGGAGCCAGGCCAUUGGAAGAAAUCUCAUUUUAUCCUCCUAAUUAUUAUGCUGGCACUCAGGAGAUAAUUUUUCCCUUCAUGCACUGCCAAUUAAUAUGCAAAUGGGCUGAUAAAUAUUUAUGCAAUGAUUUAAAUUAUGCAGGGAGUGCUUUCAGUGUGUUCUGUAAAUGAAUUGUUCGUGGACUUCAAAGUGCUGGCUGCUGUGCUAACGAGGAGAGAUUUGCAUAAGGCCCUAAUCACACGCAUACUGAUUAAGCUUCAUUAUGGAAACUGCCAGCUGCAAUCUUUGUUUCUAUUUUAUUACAAAAAGGGGAACUUUUCAUGCUUCAGUUGCCUUGACAAUGUCAGUCCUAGCUGGUAGGAGAGACUAAAACUCCUCUGAGCAACUGAAGUUUCCUUAUUCAGUUGAAGAUUGCUAUGGUGUAACUGAAGUUGUAUUUUCCUUCUCCCCCUAAUCCACUUUCCACCUCCCACCCUUGUUCUCUGAAGAACAUAGUGUAGAUUUGUUAGAAAUAGUAGUACCUUCUUUCACCCACCCCAAACUGCUACCUGUUUCUUCCUUGCUUUGGACUGUCUGAACCUCUAGAAGAUUUCACAGCAAUGCUGGACUGCAGUGACUAUGUUCUAGACUCAAGAAUGAAUAAUCCGUCAGAAACCAGUAAACCGUCUAUGGAGAGUGGAGAUGGCAACACAGGCACACAAACCAAUGGUCUGGACUUUCAGAAGCAGCCCGUGCCUGUUGGGGGAGCAAUCUCAACGGCCCAGGCCCAGGCUUUUCUGGGACAUCUCCAUCAGGUCCAGCUCGCUGGAACAAGUUUACAGGCUGCUGCUCAGUCUUUAAAUGUACAGUCUAAAUCUAAUGAAGAAUCGGGGGAUUCACAGCAGCCAAGCCAGCCUUCCCAGCAGCCUUCAGUGCAGGCAGCCAUCCCCCAGACCCAGCUGAUGCUGGCUGGAGGACAGAUAACUGGGCUUACCUUGACGCCGGCCCAGCAACAGUUACUGCUACAGCAGGCGCAGGCGCAGGCACAGCUGCUGGCCGCCGCGGUCCAACAGCACUCCGCCAGCCAACAGCACAGCGCUGCCGGGGCCACCAUCUCAGCCUCCGCCGCCACGCCCAUGACGCAGAUCCCCCUGUCGCAGCCCAUCCAGAUCUCCCAGGAUCUGCAGCAACUGCAGCAGCUUCAGCAGCAGAAUCUCAACCUGCAGCAGUUUGUGUUGGUCCAUCCGACCACCAACUUGCAGCCAGCGCAGUUUAUCAUCUCACAGACGCCCCAGGGCCAGCAGGGUCUCCUGCAAGCGCAAAAUCUUUUAACGCAACUACCUCAGCAAAGCCAAGCCAACCUCCUACAGUCGCAGCCAAGCAUCACCCUCACCUCCCAGCCAGCAACCCCAACGCGCACAAUAGCGGCAACCCCGAUUCAGACACUUCCACAGAGCCAGUCAACACCAAAGCGAAUUGAUACCCCCAGCUUGGAGGAGCCCAGUGACCUUGAGGAGCUUGAGCAGUUUGCCAAGACCUUCAAACAAAGACGAAUCAAACUCGGAUUCACUCAGGGCGAUGUUGGGCUCGCUAUGGGUAAGCUGUAUGGAAAUGACUUCAGCCAAACCACCAUCUCCCGCUUUGAAGCCUUGAACCUCAGCUUUAAGAACAUGUGCAAGCUAAAGCCACUUUUGGAGAAGUGGCUCAAUGAUGCAGAGAACCUCUCAUCUGAUUCAGGUCUCUCCAGCCCAAGUGCCCUGAAUUCUCCAGGGCUGGGAAUGGAGGGCUUGAACCGUAGGAGGAAGAAACGCACCAGCAUAGAGACCAACAUCCGUGUGGCCUUAGAGAAGAGUUUCUUGGAAAAUCAAAAGCCUACCUCGGAAGAGAUCACCAUGAUUGCUGAUCAGCUCAGUAUGGAAAAAGAGGUGAUUCGUGUUUGGUUUUGUAACCGCCGCCAGAAAGAAAAAAGAAUCAACCCACCGAGCAGCGGUGGGACCAGCAGCUCACCUAUCAAAGCAAUUUUCCCCAGUCCAACCUCACUGGUGGCAACCACGCCAAGCCUUGUGACUAGCAGUGCGGCCACGACCCUCACUGUCAACCCGGUCCUCCCACUAAGCAGCGCUGCGGUCACGAGCCUGUCUGUCACAGGCACCACAGACAGCACCUCCAACAACACUGCCACCGUGAUCUCCACCGCGCCGCCAGCUUCCUCCGCAGUCACGUCCCCCUCGCUGAGCCCCUCCCCGUCCGCCUCGGCCUCCGCCUCCGAGGCAUCCGGCGCCAGCGAGACCAGCACAACGCAGACCACCUCCACUCUGUCCUCUCCUCUCGGCACCAGCCAGGUGAUGGUGACGGCGUCAGGGUUGCAAACGGCGGCGGCCGCUGCCCUCCAAGGGGCCGCGCAGCUGCCGGCCAACGCCAGUCUCGCCGCCAUGGCCGCCGCCGCGGGACUGAGCCCAGGCCUGAUGGCGCCCUCGCAGUUCGCAGCUGGAGGUGCCUUACUCAGUCUCAAUCCAGGGACCCUGGGCGGUGCUCUCAGCCCGGCUCUCAUGAGCAACAGUACACUGGCAACUAUUCAAGCUCUCGCUUCUGGUGGCUCUCUUCCAAUAACGUCACUGGAUGCGACUGGGAACCUGGUAUUUGCCAAUGCGGGAGGAGCCCCCAACAUCGUGACUGCCCCCCUGUUCCUGAACCCUCAGAACCUCUCUCUGCUCACCAGCAACCCAGUGAGCUUGGUCUCCGCCGCCGCAGCCUCCGCAGGGAACUCUGGGCCUGUAGCCAGCCUCCACGCCACCUCCACGUCCGCCGAGUCCAUCCAGAACUCUCUCUUCACGGUGGCCUCUGCCAGCGGGGCCGCCUCCACCACCACCACCGCCUCCAAGGCACAGUGAGCGGGGCCGCGCGGGGCCUGCCACCAGCCUUUGCCACCUGCCGCGCGAGGGGCCUGCCAGCCAGGCUGAGACUGAACAAUGUGAUUGGCUUCCUCUUGCCAUGUUUCAACAGCAAGCAAGGGAGAGAAGGGAGAAAAGGAGAAAAACGCCUACCAGAGGAAAAAAAAAAAGGAUGGAGACAGGACAACAUUUGCCUAAUUUUGUAAUAAAACACUGUCUUUUCAGGAUU